GCAUGGUGCCAGGUUGCAGGCAUGACAACGGUCUCAGGCUCCUCUAUAAAAACGAGCCUUCCUCCUGACUGUCUUCACUGCUGCAACACCUCGCCUCCUGACUCAGGACCACGGCUUCAGAGAUCUCAUCCAACAUCUUCCUCCACCCAAAAACAGAUGGCUGGUCUAUGCUGGAUGGUUGUGGUGCUGGUCUUCAGCCUGUCUGCUGGACACUCCGAGGCUAUGAAUAAGAAUGACGUCCAAAAAAUUGUACAAUACAUCCUGGGCAGGUACUCCAUAGUAAACAAGCACUUCAGUCUGGCUGUAAACAUCCCAGUGAACCAGGACCUGACGAAGCUCCCAGAACUCUUCAACGAUGACGAUGCUGCCACUGUGAGAAACACGGUUCAAAGCGGGAAUGUGUACAGAGGUAUCAACGUGGUUGAAGCAUUGCCACGAAGUUAUACAGCAGCAAACGGAUACCAAUAUACUGAUCAUGCAGAGGCACGAGUCCUGGACAACAUCCAACCUUUAGCUCACUGUAGUGCGGGUAACAGUCUGGUCUUCUAUUCUUACCUUUCUCCAUGUGGCACCAAGUGUACAAACCCAAACAAUUACAAUAAUAUCUUAAAAAAGAUUGAUAACAUUCGCAAAGACAAAUGGGCAGACAGUGCCUUUGUGUUUUCUACUGUAUUCGAUGGGUACAAAGAUCAAAAUGGCAAUUAUGUUUACUUUACUGUAGAUGAAAUUAGAAACACCCUUAAAAAUCUUGGAACGACUAAAUUUCGUCGCGACAACAUAUUCCGAUGUUUCCGAGGGAAAAAUAACAUCAUCAGUUGCAUCAAUUGCUUCAAGAAUGGAGCACUUUCAGAUGAUUGUGUUUUUAACUAGACAUUAAUGUGUCUAAACCACAACAGCGGCAGCGGUAGAGCUGCCGUGGAGUAGAGGAGUUCUGGGGACCACGGUGGUUCAGGUCCAACUGAUCAGAAACCAACAAGUGGAUCCUACUGAAACGGCAUUUAAAAAAAAGUUAAAAUAUGCUUAAAGCUUUCUCCUUUAAACUACAAUCUUAAAACAGCGACGCGCUAAGGACCCAAACACACUUCACAAGUUGUCUUUGGUCCGAUCCAUUAACCAGCAGAGCUUAUAUUAUUUUCAUGCACACACACAUAGAGGUUUAUGGUUAUUGUUCAGCUUAACCCUCGUGUUGUCUUCCCGUCAAAAUUGAAAAUCAACACUUUUGUUGACGCUGGGUAUCGAUGUUUCACAGUUAUUUUUGGAAUUUAUGGUCAACAAACCUCAU